GUUCGCCCGCCAUCUUAGGCCUGGCCCGCAUUCCGCCAUUAUUGCCGCCUUUCCCCUUGGGCCGCGAAGCCCGAGUCAAGAGCGGGAAAAAAAUCGGCGCUUCUCACCCCCAGACUUUGCCACGAGAUGGCAGGUGUAUCAUGCGAUCAAAAAUGAUAGCACCUUUGCACAACUGCAAAUCAAAAGAACAGCAUUUUUGUUGCGGACACCCGUGGGUUACAGGGUCUUUCCUUUGAGGACCCCGGCGUAAUGUCACAGGCUGUGGAUGAUAUUACCCACAAGACAUUGCUUUUGGAAGUUCCGGCCGAGAUCAUCCAAAGCGAUGUCCCCGAGUGCGACAAACCGGACGACGUGUUGCUUGAGUCUGAGCUGGGUGGCGUCCCGAGCGCCAGGUCAGCCGAGGUGGGCACUGGUGGCAGCCCCACGCCCGGGGCCCUGGCACCGCCGGCUUCGGAACAAACGGACGAUCCCAUGAUGGCGGCGGCGGCGACGACAAUGGAACCACCGUGCGACAUCGCUCUGGAACAUUCUGGUGUUGGUGCCGCCCUGCCCGAGAGCCUCGUGGACGAGGGGGUGGUUCACGAGGGGAUGUUGGACGUGGGUGUGGUACACGAGGAUGCGGGGGACGAGGGUGCGGUGAACGAGGGUGUGGUGAACGAGGGUGAGGUGGUAGAGAGUGAGGUGGACAUGGGGGCGGUGAACGAGGGUGAGGUGGACAUUGGUGUGAUGCACGAGGGUGCGGUGGACAUGGGGGCGGUGAACGAGGGUGAGGUGGACGAGGGUGGGGUGGACGAAGGUGCGGUGGACAUGGGUGUGGUGGACGAGGGUGAGGUGGUAGAGAGUGUGGUGGACGAGGGUGUGGUGGACGAGUGUGUGGUGGACGAGGGUGUGAUGCACGAGGGUGCGGUGGACAUGGGGGCGGUGAACGAGGAUGCGGUGAACGAGGGUGCGGUGAACGAGGGUGAGGUGGUAGAGAGUGCGGUGGACGUGGGUGAGGUGGACGAGGGUGUGGUGGACGAGAGUGCGGUGGACGAGAGUGCGGUAGACGAGGGUGUGGUGCAUGAGGAUGCGGUGAACGAGGGUGAGGUGGACGAGGGUGGGGUGGACGAGGAGUUGGUGCACGAGGAGGUGGUGCACGGGGUGGUGCACGAAGAGGUGGUGGAUGAAGAAGUAGAUGCCACGGAGACGGUGGAGUUGGAGGUGACAGUGGAGGAGGCGGUGCCGCUCGGAGGCGACACGGUGGACGUGGAGACGGAGCAGAUCGUGUCGGAUGUGACGAUCACCGUGGAGAGCUCGGACAUGGUGGUGGAGGUCGGCGAUGACCAUGAGCUCUUGGCACAGGACGAUGUCAUAGACACCAUUGGCACCAUCGAGCAGGAGGAGGUGGAUGAGGAGUCUGUGUGCACAGACAUGGGGAACAUGGUGCAGAUGGUCGUGGAGGAGGUGGGAUCGGCAGGGAGCAGCGGUGUCGUGGACGAAUCUUCGGGGCUGGUGGCGGUGACAUCGCAACCACUGGCUGAGAUGGAGUUGGCGGUGGUGGAGGAGCCGACACCUGUGCUGCUGCCCAUGGCCCCCGCACCGCCGGUGGUGGCGAGCGAGGAUGCGGUGAGGGUUCGCGCCGUGUCCAGCGCCGCGGGUUGCAGCGACUCAGAGCACGGCGUGAGUCUCGUGCCGGUUUCUGCUGCUGAGGAGGAGGAGACCACCACCGUGGAGAUGGUGGAGGUGGGCGUGGAGGAGGAUGAGGAGGAGGUGAUGCUAUCAACCGAGGAGGUUCAGGCCCACGAGACAGCGCUCCAUAUCGACCUCGCCGAUGAUGAGCAGAUGAUGGAGGUCUCUGUACACGAAGUGGCUCUGGGUCCACAGGAGGUUGAGGAGGAGGAGAUCGACAGUGGGGUUGCAACCCAGGAAGUGGUCCUUACGGCACAGGAAGUGAUGUCGGAAGAAGUGCUGCCAGAGAUCCAGGUGUCAGAAGCUGACCUGGAGGUCCCAGCGUCACGUGCAUCCACCACGGCGCAGAGCUGCUGCUACACAGUGACAGUGGCAGACGCAGAGGGGAUGGGCCACUCCGUGAAGCUGUCGAGCCAGCCGAUGGACGAGCAGCCGAGCACAGCACUAAGUGAGCGGCCGUCAGCCACCUCCACAAUCGACUCGGCGCUGACGCCCGCUGCCGGGCUGCUGCUGCCCACGGAGAUCUUCCAGCACUGAGGAGAACGUGGGGCAGAGUGGCUCCCUGCGCCUUGUGGAGGAGGAACCGCACCAGGAGCCAAGUGAAGUGGGCCCUAUAUGUGAAGAAGUGAUCAAGGUGUUCAUCUUUAAGCCCGAUGGCUCGGCCAGCGAGA